UUUAGCAUGGAACCCAAACCCAAGUGGACGCGUCUGCUCAUCUGGAGCACCUUGGGCAGCACAAUUGGCGCCGGUGUGCCUUGCGGAUAUUGCAUGGGCGUCAUCAAUAGUCCCGCUGCGCACAUGCGCGCCUGGUGCGAGGCCACGCUGCUCCGGAACUAUGGACUACGACUCACACCCGCAUCCCUGGACACGCUCUGGGCUUUGAUAGUGGCCAUCUUCCUCAUAGGCGGCGUCUUGGGCUCCGCUUGCGCUGGCUGGGCAGCGAAUCGCUUCGGACGACGCGGCUGCAUUCUCUUGAGCGGUUCACUGCUUGGCCUGGCGGGUAUUGGAUUCCUUAGCUGUCGCCUGCUACACUCGGUGGAGCUGCUGUUGCUCAGUCGCCUUGUGGUGGGCUUUGGCGCCGGACUUGUGAGCACCACUCUGCCCAUGUAUCACAGCGAGAUUGCCGCCGUGCCACAGCGCGGCACUUUGGGAGUUUGCUGCUCCGUGGGAUUCUCCAUUGGCAUGGUGGUGGCGCAAUUGUUUACGCUGCAAGCUCUGUUUGGCAGCGAACAGCUUUGGCACAUUGCGCUGGGUUUUUACUUGGUCUUCAUGGCAAUUUGCUUUGCGCCCUUUCGCUACUAUGCCGAGAGUCCCAAGUGGUUGUUCAUAGUGCGGAAACGUCGCGAGGAGGCGCUUCAAAUGCUCGUCCGCUUGCGCGGCACUGAUGUAGGACUUCAGCAGGAAAUACUGGCCAUGGAACAGGAGGCGGACAGCAAGAGCAGCAGUCGUAGUCUGCUUGAGGUGCUGCGUGAUCCCAAAAUGAUGCUGCCACUGCUGUUGCUCUGCGCCUAUCAAGGCGGUCAACAGCUCACAGGCUGCUCCUCGAUCUUCUACUAUUCCGUGUCCAUCUUCCAAAGCAGCGGCCUUUCGCCGCGCACCGCCGAGUGGUUAAAUCUCGCUGCUGGCAAUGUGAAUCUGUUGACCUCGCUGAUGGGUCCGCUGUUGAUGGCCAAGUUCAAUCGACGCACUCUCAUGCUGCUCUCCAGCUCCUUUUGUGGCCUGCUCAUGUUUGCCUUUGGCUGGCUCACGGAAUAUAGCGUCCUGAUACCCUGGUUAUCCUUUGGCACCAUUGCCAGCGUCUUCCUCUAUCUGUUUUUCUUCCAAUUGGCACUGGGUCCCAUGCCCUCCUUCAUUGGCGCAGAGCUCUUUGAAGUCCCCUCGCGCUCCGUGGCGCUUUCCUUGGGCAAUCAAGUGGGCUGGAGCUGCAACUUUCUGGUUGGCUUUCUCUUUCCCACGAUGCAUUCGCUGCUUGGCUUUUGGAUCUUCAUUGUGUUCUCCAUGUUCAGCUGCCUGCUUUAUUUGCUCACCAAGUUUUAUCUGCCCGAGACGCGCGGUCGUGAGGUUUCCCAUGUUGCCCAUCUAGUUUCACGUGGCUUCCACAGCAAAGUGCUUUAGUUUUGUUUGACUCUUAAUCUUUAGUAUACAUUUUAAACUAUGCUAAGCACGUUAUAGUCGUAUAUUUAGUGCAAGUUGAGUGCGCCUUAGCUCCUAUUUCAUUAUUUUAUGAAAAUGUCUGCCGCACGUUUUGCAAUGACGUCUCUAUACAAUGUAAUCUAUGAACUUCUGGCUAACUCUGAGAUUAGCAUGAAUUAGAGAUGAAAUCCUAAUGCAGUAAUAUAAUGAUACCCAUAAAUCUUCUGAAUAAACAACUU